UAUAUUUUUAUACAAAAACAAAUAUAUAUAACUAUAAAUUUUGUAGUUUAUGUCUUCCUAAGACUGCUUAUAUUAUAAAUCUACUUAUCAUUUAUUUAAUUAAUUAAUUAAAAGGCUUUUGUUUUCAUUAAUUGUUAAUGAACUAAAAGUAGUAAGUUCUUUAAUUUUUUUUUUUUGACAUACGUAAAUUAUUAUUUGAAAAAUGUGUGAUAAAUAAAGAUAAUAAACAUGAAAUAUUCAAAUUAUUUUCGCAAUACCGAAACAAAAACAACAGUAAAAAAAAAAAAAACAAAAAACGUGAUCGGAAGUCGAGUCGAUCGACAGCAAUCUCCGUGUCUAAGACCUAAAAAUUUUUUUUGCGGCCGCAGUCGUGUCUAGUUGUCGAUUAUGAGAUAGCGGAACGAGCGGCAAGAAAAUCCGUGAACUCGAGAUAAAGAUGUUGGAGAAUUCGUGAAAGCUGUGGUCUCUAUUACCAGUCAGUCCGUAUAAAAUCCAGAGUUUGCUCAAUUUAUUUGUCAUUCAGUUAUCGAACAUCGCCACUUGUCAACGUGUUAAAUAUCAGCAGUGACAGUAAAACAACAAGAUCAUCAUGAAUUAUCUGAAUUUUCUUCUAGUUUUCUACAGUGCCUCCAUAGUUACCGCUGCUACAAGAUACCUCGCGAUACCAAUUGACGGGAUGGAUAUAAUUGAAGUCAAUCCUUUGCAGCAGCAGCAGCAGCUUCAAAUGCCGCAGCGAGCGCCAAGACAAACAGAAGCUUACAUACCGCAGAUUUUUUCACACGGCCACCAAUUACGGGCCGAAGAACGGCAGCAACCGAGACUUGAAAGAUCACCGAUACUCGAUUACGUCGAUUUUGGAGCACAGACUGGAAACAAUGGCGCCUACAGUUGGUUCGCUGACUAUCCUGCUCACAAUUAAAUUUUUUACACCAGUAUUACAUAAAUAAUUACAUAAACUAUCGUUACUCUGUAAAUAAAUUUUUGGUUUUAGAAAUUUAAAAAAAAAUAUAUAGUACAUUAA